AUGAAUCUUGAAAAAUUACUUAGAGAUAAGUUUAUGUGCUGGAAACCCCCUCCACCAGAAGUGUUAAGUAGAAGCAAAUGUGAUGUAACGCUCGCCUGGGAACUCGGUGAACCCUUCGGUUUCCUCGGAAAUCAACUAUUGUAUAAAAUAGAGAAGCAGGAUAAAAUUCCACCCUGGGUUCUAGUGUACAGUGGCGGUAAAACGAUGGAAACGAUUGGAAAUUUGGCCCCGCUUCACCCUCAUAAAUUCAGAUUAAAAGUUAUCUUGAAGGCUUCCGCCGUUCCAUUCCUGGUCGUUAACGCUCUUAAUUACUAUGUGGAUGUAGAAGUUCUAAACAAUAAAUUACAAGAAAUCGGGAAUAUUAAAAGCGAAAAAGAAAGGAAGGGAAUUGAUUAUGAAACAAACAAAAGUAAAAAUAUGAUGAAGUGGCUGGAGUCGCAGUGGUCGGAGGAGGUGUGGACCAGUACGGAUACAGAUGGAGCGUCAGCUGUCUGUUUUUGUAUGGCGGUACGCUGUGGAUACAUCAAACAAAUAAAGAGUGCCAACAGCAUAUCACUUACAUUGGCAUUAUUUUUGAAAGGUGACAUCAACACUGUCAGAUUUCUGCUGCAAGCGGGCGCUGAGGUGAACCAGGCCCUGACCGCGGGACAGACGCCGCUCCACCUGGCUGUGCUAGAAGGACACUUAGCUAUAAUUGAUCUGUUACUGGAAAAAGCUGCCGACUUCCAGGCUCGCGAUAUAAAUGGAUUAAGUGUGGAGCACUACGCAGUCGACUCUCGUAAUUUGGAGGUUGUUCAAUAUAUUCUGGACAAGGAUGGAGACGUUAAAGGAGCAGAUACGGAGAUGAUAGAAGAGCUUAUAUCCCGCGGUAGCAGCAUCAACGUCACAGACCGUGCCGGACUCACAAUCGCCGCUGCAGCGAGGCUACUGAAGGACAAUGUGUAA